UUAACGCGCGCGAGAUUUAAGAGGGUUUGUUGUUGUGAUGUGCUAUACUUGCAGGCUAGCUCGAUUUUAUUUUCUUUUUUUAAACAGAAGUUGCCUCCUGAAACCAUUUGCAGUCAGGGAAAUUAUUUUGGAAUGAAUUUCGAAAAUAAUAAUUUAGUUCGAUAUUAGUGGCACAUCGCAGGUAUUAAGCUAGUUUAAGCUGGUUUAAGCUAGUUUAGUUUGCUAGCGAGCUGGCCGUGGUGAACUAGUCAUGAAGAUAAAUAUGGUAGUGCUUAUGUAACUGCGAUGGAGCCCAAGCCCUCAGCAGCAGUGGUGGUUAGUGCUGUACCUCCAUACGGACAUGUCAUCAUCAACGCCAAGUGGAGGGGCUCCACACUAGUGCAGCAUUUUAAAGGGAGUGUGAAGAUUGUCUUUGAGGAGGAGCUUGGUGUUGUGGACCUUCACCUCAGUAACAAAAGUUGUGUCCUGUACGUGUCAGAGAGUGACUUGGUGGCAGGGAAUGACUACAAAAGAAAAAUUGUUCGAUUCAGAAAUGCCAAUAGUAACUUCCAUGGGAUUGUUUUGGCGGAGAAGACUCGUCUCAGUGAGCAGUACUUCAGUGGACUGCAGAAGUUUGUGGUGUUGGAGCUGGGCCUGACCCUGCUGCAUGUCUCAGGUCCUGGUGAAGCAGCCCAGCUCAUUGCACAGAUGGUGCAUGGAGAGAGCAAGGAGAACCCAUUCCGCAGGAGAAGCACAGCCAGACUGCUGGACCCAGUGGUGUUGAACCUGGUACAGCAGAUCCCUGGGGUUGGCAAGGUGAAGGCCUUGGCCCUACUCCAGCGCUUCUCUAGCAUCCAUAAGAUCAGCAAUGUCUCAGUUGAGGAGCUGGAGCCUGUUGUGGGGCAGGCCACUGCUCAGCACAUCUGGGCUUUUUUCCAUGAUAUACUGCCAUGAUAUUGUGCCACAUGGCACUCUGCAGAGACUUUCACACAGGACUUACCUGCUGUUUGCCAUGUAAAGACUCUAACCUAAUGCAAACUAAAUACUCAAACUCCAAGGCCAUAAAAACCUUUGAGUUUAGUUCUUCUUCAAGGAAAAAGGAAUAUUUUUGUUUUUUGUUCUGGAAAGCCGAAUAUGUCCAAAACAUUGUUUUGCAGUGCAGUUAAUAAAAUUCAGAUAAACUGGC